GUUUAAUGCAUUGUUAGGUUGACGGGACUGCGGCAACUUGCUACUGUCCGUCGGCAUCAAAAGGCUUCGUCAUCGUCAUGAGGUCACUUCAUUCAUGGGGUCCCUGCCAGCGUGGUUCACGUUCCUGGCUGUGAUCUCACAAAGCUCCACGCCGAUAGCCCCGGCAAGCCAAACCUGGAAGAAGACCCAUCAUCAUCAACAUGCAUAUGCUGGCGGACGCUAAGAUAAGACGAUAAGCCCACCAAGUGGGUCUCGCAGCGAGGCUGUCUAGUGGUUAUUCAAUGCCUGUUUUGAUUGGCUUUUAUGAAAGCAUCCUUGCGAGCUCCCAGCUCGGGAAAUUUCAGCCUUACAGUCGCGAAGCCGUCAAAGUUCGCCGGUUUAAACCAAUUUCCUUGCGACCUUCUGCGCUUGCCGCGCUUUAUUGCACCAAAACGAUGGCCGAAGAGGACGCCAAGGGGAAUAAGAGGUCCCACGAGGACUUCGCUACUCAGGAUGAUGACAGCUCUUCUGACGACGACAUGGGGCCCCAGCUUCCCUCAGAAGCCCCAAAGAAGAAGCGUCGAGUUCUUCCCUACGAGAAAUUAUACGUUUCUGCCCUUCCCAAAUCGACCCGAUACUCAAAGUCGUUGAUGCAUAAGGAGCAGCUGGCCUUCGUGACCGUCACGCCACUCACGGACUUCAUCAUCACGUCCUCCAUCGAUGGCGUCGUCAAGUUCUGGAAAAAGGUGGCUCAGGGAAUCGAAUUUGUAAAGGAAUUCAAGGCGCAUAUCGACGAAAUCAAAUCCGUCUCUGUCAGUCUAGACGGAAGGAGCUUCGCAACCGCUGGUGCAGACAAGACUGUCAAGAUCUUCGACGUCAUCACCUUUGAUCUCCUGUCCAUGCUCAAGCUGGACUUCGUGCCUCGCUGUGUUUGCUGGGUUCACAACAGAGGGGCGUCCCUUCCUUUGCUUGCUGUUUCCGAGGACUCCAGUUCUAGCAUUCACAUUUUUGACGGGCGAGGCGAGAGACAAGACCCUAUUCACACCAUCAAGUCGUUGCAUAGAAGCCCAGUGUCUAUCAUGGUCUUCAACGGCGUGUAUGAUUGUGUGCUGUCCGCGGACGACAAGGGUAUGUUGGAGUACUGGCGGCCGGGUGGUGACUACGAGAAGCCGGACAAUGUCUUCGAGUUCAAGGCCUCCACAAGCUUGUUUGAGUUCAAAAAGGCCAAGUCGGUUCCAACAUCAAUUACCAUCUCGCCCACUGGGAAGCAAUUUGCAACCUUCUCCCAACCAGACAGAAAGAUCCGAAUCUUCGACUUUGCAUCAGGCAAACUGUACCGAACGUACGAUGAGUCGCUUCAAGUUAUCGAGGAUAUGCAACAAGUGGGAUCGGCCCUCCAAAAAUUGGAGACCGUCGAGUUUGGUCGCCGGUUUGCCGUCGAGCGGGAGAUCGACUCUGCAGUAUACAAGAACAAGGCAAACGUAAUCUUUGACGAGUCUGGCAACUUUAUCAUAUACGGCUCAAUAGUCGGCGUCAAAGUGCUCAACACCUACACUAACCAGAUUGUCAAGGUAUACGGCAAAGAUGAGAACUUUAGAGCGGUCAACCUGGCGAUCUAUCAAGGUCAGCCACAGAAGAAAGGCAUCACCACGGUCGAGAUGGGUGCUUCUGCCAACCCUCUACUCCAGGAGUCCGAGUCCAGGGACCCCAUUCUCAUUGCGACAGGAGUGAACAAGCAGCGGUUUUACAUGUUCACUAACGAUGAGGAUAUCUCUAAAUCGGUGAGGGAUGUCCAAAACGAGAAGCCCACCAUUCUGGGUCACAAGAAGGCUGCAGAAGCCAAAAGGGCCGAGACUGGCACCGGAGCAGUCAUCCACACGACCUAUGGCGACAUUCACCUCCGCUUGUUCCCCGAUGCUGCUCCCAAGGCCGUGGAGAAUUUCGUCACUCACUCGAAGAGAGGCUACUACAACAACACAAUCUUCCACCGCGUGAUUCGCAAGUUCAUGAUCCAGGGCGGAGAUCCCCUUGGAGAUGGCACCGGUGGCGAAAGUAUAUGGGGCAAGGAAUUCGCGGAUGAGUUUAGUAGCUUGAAGCACGACAAGCCGUACACAGUCAGCAUGGCUAAUGCAGGUCCAAACACCAAUGGCAGUCAGUUCUUUAUCACCACGGAAAAGACGGUGAGUGCGAACGUCCCCUACACGAGUAACGAAAAAGCCUAGGCAACCAGAGCGGAAGAAGAUUGUUCUGUGUCUCGGCAACCCCCCAACCCCCACUCCCUUAUGCUCUGCCUUUGUUUCACACUCCCUAUUGUUCCAUCUAGUCCUUUCCUCGCCUUGCCCCCAAUGCCUUUCCUUCUACCAUCUACAAGCACGUAAACGGACCGGAGAGGCUAGGGAGUGGUCAGG